AUGGGCUGUUGGGCAAAGCUGAAGUCAUCCAGUUGGGCUUAUCCCACUGCUGUCCUGUCACUCUAUGGGUUUUUUGCUAAUUGCAGAGUAGCAGAGCCCUUCCUCACACCAUACCUAAUUGGACCACACAAGAACAUCUCUGCAGAAGUGGUGACCAACUACCUGUUCCCAAUCUGGACGUACUCCUACCUUGCCUUCCUUUUCCCCGUCUUCCUCCUGACUGACUUCCUGAGGUACAAGCCCCUCAUUAUGUUACAGGGGCUAUUCCUCGUCACCAACUAUGUCCUGCUUUGCUUUGCCCCAGGUCUGCCUGCUAUGAUCUUCCUUCAGGUCAACUAUGCUGUAGUGACUUCCACAGAGGUGGCCUACUUUUCCUACAUUUACAGCAUAAUUCCAGUUGAAAAUUACCAAAGAGCCACUGGUUACCUGCGCAGUGCCAUGCUGGCUGGAUAUACAUUUGGUGCCGGCCUCGGCCAAGUGCUCGUCUCCCUUGGAGUGGACUACUUCUACAUCAAUGCUAUCACUCUGGGGAUUGUGAGCAUGGCUUUUCUCGUUUCCUUCUGGUUGCCCAUGCCCCAGAGGAACAUGUUCUUCAAAGGGAAAAAAGCUGCAGCUGUGCGCUCACAGUCCCAGCAGGAGGGGCCACAGGGAGCACACAGGCCUGGGGAGCAAGUGAUGGAUAAGGAGGGAGCUGGCUCAGGGAAAGAGAAAAUGGAGCAUAAUGGCAGCCCUGGCUGGUGCAGCAGAGAAAAUGUGGCCACUGCAGGUCAUCUACUCUGGCAAAGCUUCAGGGAGUCACAUUUAAUCUACUGGUCCCUGUGGUGGGCUCUGGCAACAGCUGGCUAUGUUCAGGUCUUCAACUACAUCCAGCUGAUGUGGGACCAUAUAGAACCAUCUGCCACAUCAUCCAUCUACAAUGGAGGUGUAGAGGCUGCAUGUUCUCUUGUAGGUGCUACAGCAGCCUUCUCUGUGGGCUACAUCAAGGUGACCUGGGCCAUGUGGGGAGAGCUGGCUUUAGGGUUGUUCUCAGCAGUAGGGGCAGGUGCUGUGUUUCUGAUGGCGCUCACCAACAGUAUCUGGGCAUGCUAUGUUGGUUAUGUCAUAUUCAAAUCCUGCUACAUGCUUCUCAUCACCAUCACAACUUUUCAGAUUGCAUCUAAACUCUCCAUGGAGUGCUAUGCUUUGACAUUUGGGAUCAACACUUUUGUGGCCCUCUCACUGCAGACCAUCAUUACGUUCAUUGUUGUUGAUGAAGCUGCACUUGGACUGGACAUUGUGUCGCAGUUCAUCAUCUACGGGAGCUACUACACUACCAUCUCGGUGCUCUUCCUGAUCCGAGGGACCUACACCGCCUGUGUAAAUCGUCACAGACCUGGGCAGACAGAGGCCCAGGAGCAAAGGUCCAGUGUGGAGGUGAUCGCUGCUGAACCUUUCUGA